AACCAACCUUCGUCCUGAUUCCACGUUCACAUCCACAUCUACGCCCAAGAUGCAGUCGCUACCCGACGCUCGAUCGCAGAGCUUUGAGGAGCUGUACGGCCCUCCCGAAAACUUCCUGGAGAUUGAGGUUAGGAAUCCCAUGACGCACGGAGUCGGCCGUGGCAUGUACACAACCUACGAAAUUGUAAUGCGUACCAAUAUUCCUGCCUUCAAGCUCAAGUCGUCGACGGUCCGCCGCCGAUACAGCGAAUUUGAAGCCUUCCGUGAUAUUCUUGAGCGCGAGUCGGCGCGCGUCACUAUACCACCUCUGCCAGGCAAGGUCCUUACCAACCGCUUCUCGGACGACGUCAUUGAGCACCGACGGGAGGGACUCCAACGGUUUCUGCAAAUAGUAGUUGGCCAUCCGCUAUUGCAGACUGGCAGCAAGGUGCUUGCGGCAUUUGUGCAGGACCCAAACUGGGACAGGCAUGCGUGGUAGACGAGUCUGAGCACGUCUUGCUGGCCAGCAAUCAUCGACCAAUAUCAUGGUUUGCUACAGACAAAUUCAAAAGGGCAAUCUGGAGCAGUAAUGGAUAAUGUCCUCAUUUUGGUUUGCCGCAUUUUCUGCGUUACGGAGCGACGAGGCGUUUGGGAAACUGUUUCUUACUCGAAUUUAAGCAAUGGGAGAAUAUGACGAGUGAUCAGAGAAUGCGACAGACUCCUUUGUUGUCGUUGCGCAGAUGAGAAUUUCUACCUUGUGUACCUCGUAUCGACUUCAAAUAGCCCUAAUACAUGCUCUAUGCGCACUUGCCC